GCAUGAGUGAGAUUUAAUCAUAAACUCAUAAACCAGUGUUUUGAGGCAAGGAUGACGGGAGGAAAAUGGCAGGACAGGCUGAAGUCUGUGGAGCAGAGAGCCUCAUCUUUUCAGUCUUCUCCUCUGUGCUGUCCGUACAAGCCGCGCCUGUCCCGGCCGUGGCAGCCCUUCUCUGUCUGGAGACUCUUCCCACGGCAGAACACAGCCAUCGCCUUCACUCAGCACAUUAAACAGGAUGUGCACAUAUUUUCACUGGAGAAGGAAGGCAGUGAUGCUGGACAGAGGAUUUUCCUAGUGACCAGCUACAGUGAACUUUGGCAUUAUUACAGCACUCACAGACAGUCUCUGAUGCACUGCUACGAGGUCAUUGUGGAAGGGGCCGUCUGCAAACUCUACUUUGACUUAGAGUUUGACAAAACCUCCAACACACACCUGGACGGCAAGAUGAUGGUGGCAAAACUAAUUCAGGUAAGUAUACAGUACUGUUCAAAAGUUUGGGGUCAGUAAGUUUUAUUUUUUUA